GGUUGACGGUGGUGGUGUAGUAGCAAUGCAAUCGAAGCGAAUCGGAGUUAAAGGGUUUAACACAACAGAGUGAAAAGCGAGAAAAGAGAGAAAUAUCAAAAAAUGGCUUCAUCGAAGAGUGGAAGAGAAACAGCAAUGACUCUUGAGAGGAUGAGCGUUGAACAGUUGAAAGCAGUUAAAGAACAAGCUGAUAUGGAAGUUAAUCUUCUUCAAGACAGUCUCACUAAUAUCGGCACCGCCACCACUCGUCUUGAAAUCGCCACCACCGCUCUCAACGAUCUCUCUCUCCGUUCUCUCGGUAGUAAAAUUCUUGUUCCUCUUACCGCUUCUCUUUACGUUCCUGCUACUCUUCAAGAUCCUCAUCAUGUUCUCGUUGAUAUCGGAACUGGUUAUUUCGUUGAGAAAACGAUGCCUGAAGGAAAAGAUUAUUGUGAACGCAAAAUCAGUUUACUCAAAUCUAACUUCGAUCAACUUGUUGAGGUUGCAUCCAAAAAGAAAAAUGUUGCAGAUGAAGCUGGAGUUAUUUUACAGGCAAAGUUGAAGCAAUUAGCAUCUUCAUCCUAAUGGUAGCUGCAUAGCUGGUAUAGAAAUCAAUUGUUUUCUUUCAAUGCAUUGUACCAUAGGAAAUCAUUACUAGUGGUGUUAGAGUUGGUGAUGUUAUAUGUUGUUUAAACCUUUUAUUGAAAAUAACUCCUUUUUUGUUGUGAUGCCUCGAAACAUUAGUUUGAAACUUUUGGAACUGUAUUUAGGAAAUCUAGUCAACCAAUGCCAAUUGAAAUUUAAUGAUUACUGAAGAAAUAGGCAGUGGUCUUUCGAUUAUACAAGUCUUUAAUCAGAGCAGGUUGUUGAGCAAUCCUCACCUUCUGGCUUUAGGGAGGGACCCUUUGAUUGUUGAGCACUACACACUCAAAGUCACCAUGUCUUUUUCUUUUUAAAGUUAUGGAAUUCAUUUUUGAAGCUCUCUUUAUUGGUGUUUACCGCAUAAUAUUUUAGGCAUGUUCUCAUUUCAUCAUUUGAUGUUAGUCUCAUGAGAAGGGUGCUCUUGUAACUUAUUAUCCUCCCCCUCACCUUUCUAUGUCGGUUGGAAUAAUGCAAGAGGGUAUUAAGGUGUUCAUGAGGGUAUAAUGGAUGCUAAUGAGUAAUGCCUAGGAUUAAAAUGUAAUAGAUUUUUGCUAUAACUUUUAAUUUUACUACAGCUACUACUUGUUAUUGAUAAGAGAGGAUUGUUUACAUGAUUGUUGAGCACUACACACUCAAAGUCACCAUGUCUUUUUCUUUUUAAAGUUAUGGAAUUCAUUUUUGAAGCUC